AUGGGGUUGCCUUCUCCCACAGCCGCCACGCACCCUUCUGGUAACUUCCUCGGCGAUCAAGAUAGCCUGACGUCAGAAGACGAAGCUGCUGACGAAAGCCUAAGUGGCCCUCCCACGCCGCCGUCGGUAGACGUUCCGGGUGUGAUUCCUAGAGAGAGCGACAGCCGCAGCAGCACCGGCACCAGCACCAGCACCAGCACGAGCAGCGCAGCGGCUGCGGGAAGAAACGCAGCGGGGAAAAUCGUAGCGGCAGCAGCAGCCGCAGCAGCAGGAGCAGCAGCAGCAGGAGCCAUGGGUUCGACGGCGAAAGAGCUCCCGCGGGAGAUGGCGACGAAAGACUCGUUACCCAAGCCAAUCACAGCGGCGGACGACGUGAAGGAGGCGCCACACACGGUGAUGAUCCUGAAGCGGCCGUACGAGAACGUGCAGGACCAGUACAGCAUGGGCAAGGAGCUGGGGCGCGGGCAGUACGGCGUGAUCCGCGAGUGCAAGGACAAGAUGACGGGCGUGCCGUUCGCGUGCAAGUCCAUCAGCAAGACGAAGCUGAGCGGCACGCGCGAGGUGGAGGACGUGCAGAGGGAGAUUAAAGUCAUGGAGGUGCUGCGCGGACACUCCGCCGUGAUCGAGCUCCACGCGACUUACGAAGACCAGAAGCGCGUGCACCUGAUAAUGGAGCUGUGCGAGGGCGGGGAGCUGUUUGAGCGCAUCAGCCAGCGGCACCACUACCCGGAGGACGAGGCGGCGCUGCUCACGCGCACGCUCAUCUCCGUCGUGCAGCACUGCCAGGCGCACGGCCUCAUGCACCGCGACCUCAAACCCGAGAAUAUCCUGCUCGUCAACCGCAAGUCGCACACGCAGGUCAAGGUCGUGGACUAUGGGCUCGCCGCGUUUGUCAAGCCGGGCGGCAAGCUAACAACAAUGGCGGGCAGCGCCUACUACAUCGCCCCCGAGGUGCUGAACAACAACUACGGAAUGGAGGCGGACAUGUGGAGCGUGGGCGUCAUCCUCUACAUCCUACUCUGCGGGCUGCCGCCCUUCUGGGCGGAGAAGGAGGAGGGCAUAUUCGAGGCGAUCAAGACGGGCAAGGUGGACGUGUUCAGCGGCGGGUGGGAGAGCGUGUCCAUGGAUGCUAAAGACCUCGUGCUCCGGAUGCUCACCCGGGACCCGCAGAAGCGCAUCACGCCAGAAAAGGCUCUUGCGCACCGGUGGAUCAAGCAGCACUGCAGCAACGCGGCGGACCAUCUCCCCGGGCUGCCCGCGAAGCCAGUGACGGCGGACUCGCGCGCGCACCGCAAGGUGGACUCUCCGCGCAUCCCCCUGCCCGACGGGGACCGCCGGGGCAGCAGCAGCAGCCGCAACAUCGCCAGCAGCAGCGCCAGCCGCAGCGGGGGCGCAGGCGGGUACAGGUACGGGAAGGACGGGGAUUUGGCGACGGUGCUAGCUAGCGCGGAUCUGGCGGCGGUGGCGGACGCUGUAGCGGCGAUCCGCGCGAGUGGCGCGGGGGAGGAGCGGAAGGAGGAGCUAGCCGCGCUGCUGAAGCUGCAGGCGAAGCUGAAGGCGAAGGAGGGCGCGGGGGGGGACGGGGGGGCGGCUGGCGGGAGCAGCAGCAGCAGCAGGAGACCGGAAUCCGCGUCUGCUGCAUCUUCCAGGCGAAGUGCGAGGGACGUGGAGAGAGCUUUAGCGGGUGCGUUGGCUGCUAAGGGCGGCGGGGGGAGCAGUGACAGGGCGAGGCGAAGCAGUUCUAACAUGAGCCGCACUAAGACUGCUGAUACUGGCGCGUUGUUGGCUGCUCUUGCGGAUCUGCAAGACGGCGGAGGCGGAGGAGGAGGCGGAGGGGAGAGGGGCGGGGGGAGGCACAGGAGGACUGGGUCCCGUGGGACGGAUGCUGGGGAGGAUGAGGAGGAGCGGAAGCGGCACAGGGACCGGGACCGGGAUGGGGGAAAGGGCGGGAAGAAGCAGGAUGACAGCGUGAAGGAGAUGUUUGCAGCCGCUAAGGACGCGCUCAGGGGCAAGGAGAAGGACGGAGGGGGCGGGAAGGAGGACAAAGAACGGCUGGCGAAGCUUCUGGCGAAGAUGGAGGAGGUUAAGGCGUGGGAGAAGGAUCGCACGGGUGCACGUCCGUCGUCGUCUGCUUCCCGGAGCAGCAGGCGGGGGGAUGACGGGGAUGAGAAGGGCGGGAGGGACAGAGAUGGUGCUGCGUCGAGCCGGUUUCCGAGGGAUUCGAGCACGUCUAGUAGGAGCAGCAACGCUGAUAGGCUGUCGCGGUAUAGGUCGGAUGCGGCGAGCAUGCUGGGUGCUCUAGAGGAGGAGACGGGCAAGGAUGACGCUUCGUCGCAGAGUGGCAGAGGGAGAGACCGAGACAGGUCAAGGGAUCGAGACAGGGAUCGGGGAAAGGAUGAGAAGGAUCGGGGGAAGGACAAGGUGCCGACAACGCCAGGGUCUUUGCGAAGAGACAAGGCGGAUAGUAGCAGCAAGAGCAAGAAGAGCAGCGGCGGGGGGGGGAUAAUAAGGCACAAGUCGGCGGAUAUUUCUAAGAUGUUGAACGUUGGGGGGGAUGAUGGUGAUGGGGGUGGGCGGAAGGGCAGGGGCGGGAGGGAUACUGACAGCCUUGCAGGGGGGAUUGGGAAGUCGGGAGGAGGUGGGGGAAGAAGCAGUGGACGUAAGAUGGAGAGAUCUGCCAGCAAUCAGUCUCAGCUGCUGCUAGGCCAGCAGUCGGCAGAAGGAAGAGGCUCGGACGGCGGCAGGUCCGGCGGCGCCGCUCGACGAGGCUUGGACCGAUCCAAAUCCCCGGACGGGAAGGGGAGGUCCGAUGAAGACUCUGUGUCGUCCCCCUCGCGCCCCCCCACGGGGUCUCGCCUCAGGGGAAGCGGCAGCAGCAGUAGGCGGCAGAUGGAGAGCCCGUCAGGCUCGGGUGGGUCUGGUCGGGAACGAAGCGGCGGCGCAGGCUCGGGACGGUCGUUGCAGGUGCUGGAGGAGUCAGAUGCGGAGGGAGGGGGGUGGACUAGUGGGAAGAACGCGGGGGAGUCGCCGGGAUCGGGAAAGGAGAAGAAGGGUGGAGGGGACGAGGCGAAGGGUGAGGGUGGAGGAGGGGGAAAGGAGGCAGGGGAUGAGGAGGGUGGUGGGGGGAAGGUGACAGCGAAUGGUGUGGCGGAGGAGGGGGAGGCAGGGGAAGGAGGGGGGGAUGCGGAAGUGGCAGGUGGGGAGGGCAAGACAGGGGAGGCAGUGGCAGAAGGGGUGAACGGCACACAUGGCAAGGAGAAGGAGAGAGAGAGGGAGAGAGGGGGGGAGGGGGACUACCAACGAACAGACAGCAGAAGCUCUAGAACUGGAUCGUACAGUCGAGACCGGGACAGAGACAGGGACAGGGAUAGGUCAUCGGGGUACGGUCACACAGCCAGUGGUAGGGGGGGUAUUCCUAAGUCUCCAAGGCAGGGUGGUGGUGCAGGUGUUCCGCUGCGCUCCCCCAAGCGCGGCGGGCGGGAUGGGGAGGACGGGGAUGACAGUGCGCUGUCUAGGAACAAGUCGGUGAGUGCCUCGUGGCUUGAAGCAGAAGAGGUGAAGCGGGGCGAGGGUGGCGGGCAUGAGCGGGGCGAGAGGGACGGCCGGAGGGAGCGGGGCGGGAGGCGGGGAGAGGACGGCGGGGAGUUUGGAGGGUUUGGUGGAGGGGGGAGGGAGAGGGGCAGUGGAUGGGAUGAUGACGAUCGGAGCGACAGAAGCAGGGAGAGGAACAGGGACCGGGACCGGGAUCGGUACAGGGAGCGCGAUCGUGACAAGGACUGGUUGCGGGAGAAAGACGGGAGGAGGGAGAGCGGUGGCGGCAGUGGUAUGAGCAGCAGCAGCAGCCGGCGUGGCCUCAGCUGCUCCACUCGCUUCCGCUUCUGGGCCUUCUGCCAUAUUUCCACCUUCCACCACCGCCUCUUCCGCUCGCCGCUUCGCACUCCCAUCACGAUCUCGCCUCCUCCUGUCGUUCCCAGGCCAGGGCGUUCCAUAGAUUUCGCGGCGCGCACCGUUCAUUCUCACUUCCACAAUCUUUCGUCCUUCCGCACUGUCACCAUGUUCCGAUCCGCCAAGCGCGUUCUCCUCCCCGCCGCGCGCGCGGCCGCCGGCGUUGCGCGGAUCCACGGAUCCGCCGCUGCGUCCGCCGAGUCCGCGAGCCUAGCGGAGGCUUACAAGCGCGUAGCGCCGCAGCUGGACGUGCCGUCCACGCCGCUUACUUACCUCAAGGAGCGUCCCGCCUUGUCGGUCGCGAUCCCGGAAAAGCUCACGCUUAACCUCUCGCUACCUCACGCUAUGCCGUACAGCGCGAAAGAGGUGGACAGCGUGAUCAUCCCUGCCACGUCAGGCCAGAUGGGCGUCCUUCCAGGCCACGUGGCGUCCAUUGCGGAGCUCAAGCCAGGCCUGCUGACAGUCAUCGAAGGAACAACCGAGACAAAGCUCUUUGUCAGCAGCGGUUUCGCGUUCGUGCACCCCAACAGCGUGCUCGACGUGGCAGCCGUUGAUGCGGUGCCGCUGGACCAGAUCGACGGCGAGGAGGUGAAGAAGGGCCUGGCUGCGGCACACGCCAAGGUGGCGAGUGCGAGCACUGAUUUGGAGAAGGCAGAGGCUCAGAUUAGCGUGGAUGUUCACACGGCAGCAACAGCAGCAGUAACUGUAGCUGUAGUGCGACUCACGGGUGCUGCUGGUGCUGCGCGGAUAGUGUUGAGGCGAGUCCCAGUAGCAGCAGCAGCAGCAGUAGCAGCAGCAGCAGCAGCAGCAGCAGCAGUAGCGCCAUCAGCGGCAGUAAAUCUUCCUUCCGCAGCCAUUCCCUUGCUGCUGGCGGAGCUGGUGCGCGCGCCCCAGGGUCUGCUGAGCACGCUCCCAUCAUCUCCCCAUAUCCACACCCGCCCUCACCCUUCCCCCCCCCCCACUCCCCCCUUCCCCCCGCCGGCAGCUAUCCCCGCGUUGCUGGCGGAGCUGGUGCGCACGCCGCAAGGCCCGCUGGGCGCGCUGACGUGGCGCAGCAAGGGCGUGCAGGACGCGCCCCCGCCCUCCAUGGCCUCGCGCGCUCUCACUCUCUUCGGACAGACUGCCUCGUUUGAGGACACAAGAGGCAAGAUUCUCCGCGUCAGUAUGGGGCAAGGCGUGGUGGUGAAUCUGAUGGCAACCAAGGCGGGGUCGCGGCGCAGUGGCGACAUGCACAACUGCUCCCAGCACGACGUCAUCCUCUCCGGCCGCACCGACCUCCACCUCACGGACCUAGUGAGUGGAGGUGAGGAGGUGAGGGAGUACGAUGGGCACCUCAACGUCAUCACCAUACCCCCACGGGUACCGCACAUGUUCCACUUCUUGGAGGACAAUCUCAUGAUCGAGUGGUGGGACUGUGACUUCCAAGCAUGGUACUACCGUCCGUAUAGAGACAUCGUAGAGGCUUAG